AUGGUCACAUACGCCCUUCUUGGCGCCACUGGGGCAACUGGCUCCAGCAUUCUACGUCAUCUUCUUCAAAAACCACCGGAUUCUCUUCGCAUUCAAAUCCUCGUUAGGUCAAAAGCCAAAUUGCUACAAGCGUUCCCAGAUCUGGAGAUGAGAAGAAACCCACAAGUCCAUGUUAUACAAGGAACGUCUACAGACUCUGAUGCUUUGAGUGAGUGCCUGGGGAAUGCUAGUAUUGCAUUCAUGUGUGUGGCGCAGAAUGGGAGCCCAAUUGGCACCACAUUGUGCCAGGAUACUGGUCAUGCCAUCAUAUCCGCGCUCCAGCGACAACAGCAGGCCCAGGGAGCAAACUACCAGCCAUGCACAAUCGUUCAACUUCGUUCAGCCUCGUUGAACCCUGCACUGGCGGCCCAGGUACCGGCCUUCGUUCAUCGAAUUGUCAGCUUCUGCCUAUUUGCAAACUACGCGGAUAUCAAGCAAGCGUGCCAAUACUAUAGUGAAGCACAGAAGCAGGGGACAUUGGAAUACAUUCUCGUGGACCCUCCUACGCUUCAUGAUGCGAAUGGAACACAGAAAACCGGCUAUAGUCUAAUCUCUACGGAGUCCCAAGCUAUUGCCCUCAGCUACGCUGACUUAGGAGCUGCGAUGUGUGAGAUUGCCUAUCGACACAACGAGUUCCACGGGCGCGCAGUGGGUGUAACCGCCACUGGUCAUGUCCAUCAAACCUGGGGAGUCCUACUGCGUCAUCUAUUGGAAGGUGGAUCGUCUCGUUUGAUAGAGAAAAUAACGAAGGAAACGGUGGUUGUCGGAAUGAUGUGCGGUAUUCUGGUGAAUGUUUAUACCAUGAUGAUUACUGUACUUCAAGCUACCGCCGUGGUCAUGGGCUCGUUCAUGUCCGGAGCCAUGAUGAGCGUCUAUGGGCUAGCGAUGCCUGCCUUCUUGCAAACCAUUACUCAAUCAGGUCCGCUUAUUGGCUACCAAAGACGCCUCUAUCAAAUUGGAACUACGAAAGGCCGAGUGUUAGGCCUCACUACAACCUUUCUCUACGCUUCAGUGUCUGUUCACCAAUACCUCAGUGGUGAACCUUGGCGUCUGUGUGCUGCUGCUGGUCUCACUACCAUCGGCUUGGUUCCAUUUACGGAAAUUGUGAUGGCCCCAACUAACAAUGCGCUGGCUCGCCUAGAGUCUGCAACCAACAAGGGGAUGGUAGUUUCCUGGGAGGAGACGGAGCAGCUGGUGCGAAGAUGGGACCGAUUCAAUGCAGUGCGAGCACUCUUUCCGUUGGCAGGGGCAAUGUUGGGUUCGCUGGGAGUGGCCCAAACCACAGCAGCCAUGUAUUUUCUCUCGCUAUCAGUCUUAGCUCUUGUCACGCUGGUGAGCUACGUGCUCUUCCAUCUGGGGUACAACCUUUUUCUCCAUCCGCUCCGUGGAUAUCCUGGUCCACUGCUAUGGCGAGCCAGCUCCCUGCCCUGGAAGAUCGCACUACUCCGCGGUACGAUGCACCAUGACCUAAUGCGCUAUCAUCAGAAGUACGGCGAUACGGUCCGGAUUAAACCCGAUGAGAUUAGCUACGCAAAUGCUGAAGCCUGGCGCGAUAUCCACGCUCAUGUGCCAGGACGACCGGAGUUCCUCAAGGACCCCGUACGCCUCCCAUUAGCACCCAACGGAGUCAUGAGUAUUCUCGUCUCCGAUACGCGGAACCAUGCGCGGUUCCGUAGUCUGUUCGGCCAUGCAUUCAGCGACAAGGGUCUUCGCACCCAGGAGUCUACCAUUCUGCAGUACGCCGACUUGCUGGUUGAGGUCCUGCGAGAGGUGGCCGACACGGGUCGUUCUGCGGAGAUGGUGUACUACUUCAAUAUGGCCAUCUUUGACUCCAUCGGAGCUCUGUCCUUCGGUGAAUCCUUCGACAGUCUGAAGAGCCGACAGCUGCACCCAUGGGUAGACGCUAUUCAUAAGAAUCUCAAGAGUGUGGCCAUCUCACACGUUUUGCGCAGUAUGGGCAUCGAAUUCCUCACUCCAUACGUGCUGCCUAAGGAGCUCCGGGGUAAACGCCAGGAAAAUUACAGCUACGCCGUUGAGAAGCUCAACAAGCGGAUGAGAAUGGAAGGUGACCAAGGGGAUUUCUGGGAUAAGGUUCUAGUCAAGAGUGCCGACGAUAAUCAGCGGGGAGAUGGCAUGAGCGCUGGCGAGAUGCUCAAUAACGCUGCCGUCAUGGUCGUCGCAGGGUCAGAGACCACUGCCUCGGCGCUCAGCGGCUCGAUGUAUCUGCUGUGUUUGUCGGGCAAGAUCGAGAAAGCCACCGCCGAGAUCAGGAAGAGUUUUGCCUCCCCGGAGGAGAUUGACUUGAUCUCUGUCUCGCAUCUACCGUACCUUACUGCCGUCAUCGACGAGACGCUGCGCAUGUAUCCAGCCGUGCCCGGUCAACCCCCACGCGUGGUCCCUGCUGGCGGAGCAACAGUCUGUGGCAAAUUUGUUCCCGAAGAGACUAGGGUUGGUGUUAGUCAUCUCGGCGCCUACUUUGCCGACUACAACUUUACUCACGCCGACAAGUUCAUCCCCGAGCGACAUCUUCAGAAAACGGAGGAACCGUUCAAGUACGACAACUAUGGCGCCUACCAGCCUGGUCUGUUGGCAUACGUGCUAACGCCUCCCUCUCUCGCUGUCUACCGACUCUGGAUUCAUCCUCUACGAUCAUACCCAGGCCCUCGAUGGUGGGCCAUCUGGCGUGGCCCCUACAUCCUCAGUAACACCCGAGGCAGCCUUGUCCGCGAUCUCCAGCGGCUACACCAACAAUUCGGGCCCGUCGUCCGAAUCGCGCCGAAUGAGCUAUCUUUCAUAGCCCCCGAGGCGGCCGCUCCGAUCUACACGAGCAAUCCGGAGUUUUCCAAGGAUCCGAUGCAUCUUCCGCCAUUCCAUAAUGGGACCCCAGGCAUCCUGGCCGCCGACCAUGCCCACCACCGCCGUUAUCGACGGCUGUUGGCCUUUUCAUUCUCUGACAAAGGUCUGAGGCAGCAACGCGGUCUUAUCGAACGCAGCGUUAACCUGCUAAUCACGCAAUUCCAUGAGAACUGUGGCCAGGGACCUCUGGACCUGACGCUGUGGUUCAACUGGGCUACCUUCGACAUUAUCGGCGAUCUCGCUUUUGGAGACUCGUUCGGCUGCCUCGACAACGUCCAGACACAUCCGUGGAUUGCAUCCAUUCAAGGCAAUGUCAAGUUGAUUCCCAUUCUGAAUGGUCUGCGUCGCUACCGACUUGAUGGUCUUCUGCGGCUUCUGGGAUCCCGCAAACUGUUAGAACAGAGACGCCGGAACGCACAGUUCACGACCGACCAAGUCGACCGUCGCCUUCAAAACUCCAGCACCCCGCGAGGAGAUAUUUGGGAUGCUGUGCUGGCCCAGAAGCUUGACGGGGAACCGCCCAUGUCGCGGGCAGAAAUGAUCAGUAAUGCGAGUGCCAUCGUGCUGGCAGGUAGCGAGACGUCGGCCACCCUGUUAAGUGGCUGCACUUGGCUGUUGUUAAAGAACCCGGAGCAUCUGCACCAGCUUACGUCUCGCAUACGAUCAGAGUUCUCUCACGCAUCGGAGAUUGACUCCCAGAGUGUCUCGCGUGUCGAGGGACUGCAGGCAGUCCUGGAGGAAUCGCUGCGUCUGUAUCCACCGGUGCCCAUGCAAAGUAACCGCAUCGUGCCGUCGACAGGGGCUCAUAUCGCAGGAGGAUGGGUACCCGGGGGGACAUCGGUCGGUCUACAACAAUUUGUCGCCUGUAGGUCACCCAGCAACUUCCAUCGUCCCGACGAGUUCCUGCCUGAGCGUUGGCAAGGCCAGGGCGAAUUUGCCCAUGAUCGCCGCGAGGUAUCGCAGCCGUUCAGCAUCGGACCGCGGAAUUGCAUUGGGCGACAGCUAGCCUACGUGGAGAUGCGGUUAAUCCUGGUCAAGCUUCUGUGGCAUUUCGAUCUACGGUUAGAUACUACGCGUAUGAAGGGUACAGACUGGUUGGCCGAGCAGGGCAUUUGGAUUCUCUGGGACAAGAAACCGUUGUGGGUUACGCUGGAACCUCGCGACAAGUAG